UACCGUCCAUCCCUUGGUGAGACUGACAGCAAUCGGACGUCUAUAACCUAUACCCUUCCUCCUAACUUACGCUACCCUUCCUCUACAUUUAAAGACUUCUCCUGUGACUUCCACGAGCCUCUCUGCUCUCUCUCCCCUCUUCCGCCAACCGCUAAGGGUGACGGACCAACAAUCAAUCAUGUUGGAGACUAGUAGAGUACGGCCCUUGUGGUUUCAGCUGCUACUUAUAUCCUUUGUUUUCUUCAGUUCAGUGGGCAACGGGAGUGCAGGGAUCACUAGUACUUUUAUUCGUUCUGAGUGGCCUUCUGUUGACAUUCCUCUUGAUAAUGAAGCAUUUGCACUUCCAAAUGGUCAUAAUGCACCGCAGCAAGUGCAUAUUACCCAAGGUGAUUAUGAUGGAAAGGCUGUAAUAAUCUCAUGGGUCACAUCUGAUGAACCUGGUCCCAGUAAAGUGCAAUACGGAACAUCAGAAAACCAAUACAAAUUUAGUGCUGAAGGGACAGUGACAAACUACACAUUCUACCAUUACAAAUCCGGCUACAUUCAUCAUUGUCCUGUUGAUGGCCUUAAGCAUAACACCAAGUACUACUACAAGAUUGGAUUGGGUGAUUCCUCUCGGGAAUUUUGGUUUCAAACACCUCCAGAAGUUCACCCAGAUGCUUCAUAUACUUUUGGAAUCAUAGGUGAUUUGGGCCAAACAUACAAUUCUCUUUCCACUCUUAAUCAUUACAUGCAGAGUGGAGCGCAAGCUGUCUUAUUUGUGGGAGAUCUGUCUUAUGCUGAUAGAUAUCAGUAUAACGAUGUUGGCAUUCGGUGGGAUUCAUGGGGACGCUUGGUUGAGCGCAGUGCUGCAUAUCAGCCAUGGAUUUGGUCAGCUGGAAAUCAUGAAGUAGAGUACAUGCCUGAAAUGUUAUUAUUUGGUAGAGGGUUUCAUGCUGGAAUGAAUCUGCGAGAGCAGAAAAAGCUUGCUGCAAAGAACACGAAGGAGAUGAGAGACAAGAUUAGAAAGAAAGAAGGAGUUACUAAGAAGCCGGAGGAAGUUUCUGUGCAAUGA